UGACGGACACUACCAAAAGCUGCUCCAACCCUCUCUCUCCCUCCUCCUCGUCCUACUCCUGGUGGCCCGUCAUACGGGAGCUCCGACAAGACCAAGAGGUCAUCUCAGAGAGAUGGCAGUCGACCCGACGGCAGUACAACCAGUUGAACAUCUCCUGCGACCAGUUGCUGGAGUCACUUUGGAUAGAACACGCUCUCAGCUACUCACUCACUAAAGUCCUCAGUCACCGCUCCCCUCCUGCCGACUGGAUGGCCACUAGUAGAGAAGCAGACUCCAUUACAUUCCUUAAUGCCUCACAGCGUAUCUCCUCCCCUAACCUCCUCGAGAGCUACAAUCGAUUCCUUGGAAACCUUCGUUCCCACCCUGAGGCCGUAGCCGAGGUCCUCAAAUGGGCUGGACAAGAAGGACUCGACUCCGCCCAUUUGACGUACGACCUUGUAUCAGUCGUUUAUGGUCAUUGCGUAUUUCCGGAGGACCAUGCUCAGUUAUUGAAUAUGAUAUGCCAUUUAUUGAUGCACCAUAUCAAGCAGUGCUCUUCCAUAAAGGAGAUGUUUAGCAUAGAGCCGGUCUGCAGUCGGGUCGUGUCCGAGUACUGUCAGCAACUCCCUGGGCUUAAGUCCUUCCUAGGCUUCCUGUUUCAGGUACUACGUAAGCCGUUGAUGUCCAUACUCAAUUACACUGACGGGUAUCUUGAUUAUGACGUUACCAAAGCAAGUGUUCGACUGCAAGGAACUGAUGAUUUUGACGUGAGUGCUUACAUAGAGUCGUCAUCACAGUUCAUAUUGAGUGUCUGUGGAGAGUUUUUAGUUGAGCUCAAUCGGUUUCAAGAGUUCUUUCCUCCGACUUAAAAAUGGCUCCUACACCAACUCAAGAAAACACUGCAGGGCUGUGCCUGAAUCAUUGAUAAAGUGAAAACAUCAGAUUAUCCUUAUCCUAUGAGGAGAGUUGUGAGAUACAGUACAUAGACAUGAAUUGCAAUUUGAAGCUUUGCUGUUUGAAAUGGACUAGCUGCUGAAAUGUAA